CAGCAGCCUGCCCAGCGUCAUCAUCAAUUCUCUUGGGUCAAUCCAGAGUUUACAUUCUCGGGUCUGAAACGUCAAGUCGACUUUCCUCUCUGCCCAUCAUGCGUUUCACCCCCCUUGCCCUUGCCGCGGCUGCGGUCCACGGCGUCGUCGCCGCCCCGCCGCGCGAGACUCGGCCAGCACCAGUCCAGCAGCGCGAGUUUGCCUGCGGCGCUCCCGAGCCGGACGCCGAGCACAUCAAGAUCUCGCAGCAGUUCGCUGCCCAGGAGGCCGAGUUCCUCGCCUCGGGCAACCUGACAGCCCAAGCCACCAUCACGGUCGACGUCUACUUCCACGUCGUGGCCACGUCGACCUCCCUGAGCGGCGGCUACAUCCCUGACAGCCAGCUGGACGCGCAGCUACAGGUGCUCAACACGGCGUACGCGCCGUACGGGUUCCAGUUCGUGCACAAGGGGACGACGCGGACGGUCAACGCCAACUGGGCGGACGACACCAAGGGGUACGAGAUGACGAUGAAGCGGUCGCUGCGGCAGGGCAGCUACUCGGCGCUCAACCUCUACUUCCUGUACGAGAUGGGAGACAACCUCGGGUACUGCUACUUCCCCGAGGCGGGCGGGGCCACGGCCGGGUCGACGGCGCGCAUCCGCGACGGCUGCACCAUCCUCUACAGCACCGUCCCCGGCGGCAGCGCCACCAACUACAACCUCGGCCACACCGCCACCCACGAGACCGGCCACUGGUUCGGCCUCUACCACACCUUCCAGGGCGGCUGCUCCGGCAACGGCGACUACGUCGACGACACCCCGGCCCAGGCCAGCCCCAGCAGCGGCUGCCCUGUCGGCCGCGACUCGUGCCCGAACAACCCCGGCCUCGACCCCAUCCACAACUACAUGGACUACUCGAUCGACUCGUGCUACGAGGAGUUCACUGCCGGGCAGCAGGCCCGCAUGCUCAGCUUCUGGAACACCUACCGCGCCGGCAAGUAAGGGGAAGGGGAAGCGGAAAUGGGACUGUUGGCCCCCCCCCCCCCUUCUCCCCUUUUCUCUUGUUUCACGGGUGGGUGUUGCGGAGAAGUUGCGGUUCAGGAGGGGUUUUUGGAUAUGAUUUUGGAUGGCCAAACUACGCAGACUUGAUCCAUCCAAGUAUGUGCAUGCAUUUGCUGUAAUUAUAUAUUUACAUGUGCAUACAUAGAUACGUGCCCGUGGCGGUGACAGGAAAUCGUACGUCUGUCCUCGAGCCGCAGCAUACGAUAAAGCAUGAACAACACUACUGCUACGUUCAGC